UAGGUACAGAAGAAUUUAUGCUGCAGAUAGUAUGAAAAAUGAAUCCGAACACUAUAUGUGCAGUCAACACUUGUCCAGGUAACUUGAGAAACGCUUCGGCAGCCUUAUUUUUUGCGUUGAUCAACACGAUCACUGCUGCGAAAUGUUCUUUCGCAUCGCCCAACGAUUAUCCCGAAGACUACGGACCAUUUUUGAAAGAUGAGGAUGAGUUUGAUUUUAUUGUGGUCGGUUCAGGAUCGGGUGGGUCCAUCGUGGCAAACCAAUUGAGCCAAAAUCAGAAUUGGAGAGUUCUUGUUUUGGAAGCUGGAGGAAUUCCGUCUGCUAAUAGUGACAUUCCGGCUCUCCUCUUCAGUCUCCAAAGGUCAGAAGAAGACUGGAGAUACAAAACGCAACAGACCCAAGGUCCCAAAGGUUCCUGCUUGGGAGGUAACGACAAACAAUGCAACUGGCCAAGAGGAAAAACGUUGGGUGGAAGCAGUUCCAUAAACGCCAUGAUAUAUAUCAAAGCAAAUAAGAAAGAUUAUGACGAGUGGGCUGACAUGGGCAACCCUGGUUGGGAUUGGAAGAACGUCAAAGACUAUUUCACGCAACUGGAGAACGUCCAACCGCCUGACGAUAAGAUUACACAUCUGGGUACCAAAGGGUUGCUGCCAAUUACGAAGACACGACACAAUAGUCCGCUUAGAAAAUCUAUGAACAAAGGAUUCCUUGAACUAGGAGUUCCAAUCCUUAGCGAACAAAAUCCCGAAAACCCCAUAGGAACAGUGGACGCCCCGAUCUGUGUCCACAAUGGUAUUCGGUCAAACACUGGCAGGGAAAUCUUGGGUGCAGUCAAAAACCGAAAAAAUCUAUUUACCAGUCUACAUUCCAUGGUGCACAAACUGAUAAUAGAUCCGAAAACGAAAAUGACCAAAGGAGUAGAAGUUAAAGUUGGCAAUACAACUCUACGUUUACGAGCAAAGAAAGAAGUGAUACUUUCAGCAGGUACAGUUGGCUCAGCGCAAUUACUGAUGUUGUCAGGAGUUGGUCCCAAACAACACUUGACUGACUUAGGAAUAGAAACGAUUAAAGAUUUACCAGUUGGAAAGAAUCUACAAGAUCACUUGAUGUUUGUUGCAUAUGAGCUUAAGCUAGACUUAAACGCUAUCGUACCUUUCGAUCCGAUUGAUGCCAUCUACGAAUAUUUUAAACACAAAACUGGACCUUUGAGCAACAUUGGUCUAACUAACUACUUGAACUUUGUUAAUACCCGCAACGAUUCUAUCUGGCCGAGCAUCUCUUACCACAACCUCAUCUUAAAUCCUAAUGACGAGUCAACUUUUUAUAUGCUUUUUAGAGCUCAUAAUAUUCCCGAUGAAGUAAUCAAAGAAAAAAUAAAAAUAUGUAAAGAUAGACCUUGUCUGGCUCACAUGCCAGUGUUAUUAUCUCCAAAGUCUAGAGGUGAGAUCCUUUUAAACAGUACCAGCGUGUAUGACCAUCCUCUUAUAAACACUGGCUACUUGACGGAUGAAGAUGAUGAAGAUCUGCAAGUAUUUCUGGAAGCUAUCAGAUUCUCAGAUGAGUUGUUCUUCAAGACCGAAGCUUUGAAGGUACAUAAUCCGGAACUAAUACGGCCUAUAGCACCCGCUUGCGACUCAUACAAGUAUCAAUCCGAUGACUACUGGAAAUGCGUUUUGAGGCACUAUGCCAUCACCAUCUACCAUCCUUCCAGUACGUGUACCAUGGGUCCUGACGAAAACACUGCCGUGGUAGACUCGAGGCUGCGAGUUCACGGCAUUAAGAACUUAAGAGUGGUAGAUGCCAGUAUUAUGCCUCGUUUAGUUAGCGGGAAUACUCAUGCGCCCACUAUGAUGAUUGGACUAAAAGGCGCUGAUAUAAUAAAAGAAGACUGGUCGUAGUUGAACUGCCAUUUGUUGGACUUUUAUGAAAUGUAUAUAAUUUAUUAAUAUCGUUAGGUGAAUAUUCAUCAUCAUCAAUAGCUACUCCAUCCAUCGUCGCAUGAAAGCCCUCCUUAGGUUUGUCCAUUCAUUUCUGUUCGUUGUUUUAGCAUGCAUUCGUGGCUAGCCAUUCGCUUGAUGUCAUCAGUUCAUGUUGUUUGUGGUCUACCUCGACUCAUCUUGUUUGCUCUUGGUCGCAAUUCAACGAUCGCUUCGUACAACGGUUGUCUUUCAUUCUUCCUAUGUGUCCUGUCCAGUUCCAUUUUAACAUGGCAAUAUUCUGGAUCACAUCUGUUACUUUCGAUCGUUUUCUUAUAUUUCUUCAUUGGAUUUGUGAUCGCUGAGCUUAAUGUUAAGUAUUCUCCGUUCCAUACCUAUCUAAGUCACUUUAAGUUUGUGGACUAAUGUUGUUUUUAAAAACCCAUGUUUCAGUUCCAUAUGUCGGAACGGAACAUAUUCUAUUUAAUCAGCCUUUAGGUUAAGCUUUGUGGUAAUUGAUUUUUUGUCGUAAGUAUAUGUACCACUCAAACUUUUCUAUACUUAUUAUUAUUAUCCAGUUAUAUCCUCAGUUAUACACCUCACAAAAUGGGUCAUUUUUGAUGCCUCGAAUUUCCUAAACCUCUUGUCCGAUUUAAGUGAUUUUUUAUAGCCUUAUUCUUGUAACAAUAUCGCUGUAAUAAUAUUGGUUCUAGACAGAUAAAUUGUCAUUGUAUACCGGGUGUACCAAUCAAACUGUGAUUUUUUCUCAAAGUUCGCCACACUCUGUGGAAUAUUCUAGCAUUUAUAAAUACUGAAAUUAAAAUCCAACUAUAGCCUCAAACCCAAACACCACAGGGUGUUUUGAACUUUGAGAAAAAAACACCGUUUGAUUGGUACGCCUGGUAUACAAUGACAAUUUACCUGUCUAGCAACAAUAUUAUUACAGCGAUAUUGUUAUACUAUAAUAUAUUAAAAAAAUCACCUAAAUCGGACAACAGGUUUAGAAAAUUCGAGACAUUAAAAAUGACCCAUUUUGUGGGGUGCCCGUUUUUCGUGCCGGUCAGUGUAUAUAAAAGAUUCGUUGUUUAUAUAUUCAGUUUUUGCUAGAUUUAUUUUUAAUCGUAUUUAUAAUAGCAUUUUCUUUUGGUAUUAGCGAAACAUCAUCGGAAAAUCUUAAAUGGUUCAGGUUUUCGCCGUCGAUCGUCACUCCUUUAUUUGUCCAUUCUAAAGUUCGAAACAUAGCCUCUAAAGUUAAAGUAAAUAGUUAGAGUGAGAUCGAAUCUCCUUGUUUCACCCCUCGCUACAGUUUUAUCUUUUCUAUUGAAAAUAUAGGUGAAUAUUAGUUAAAAUUAAACACUAUAAUCAGCCAGUACUUAAUAACAGUUCACUUUAACGAUGUAGGUGAGCUUACAAUAAAUACAUACAUUAUAAAUAAUCUAUAAAAUAUAUAUAAUCUACAAAAAUAUUGAAAUCAUAAUAAUCUCAUAAAUCUCAUACUUGU